AUGGGGUGCUCCUUCUCAGGCCUGAACGCACUGUACGACACCGUCGGCGGUGGGGGUGGUGACGUCUGGGUUAACGACUACCGCUUCCGCGUGCUCCGCAGGCUCGGCGAUGCCGGCCCUGCGUGCUCCUCCGUCUUACUCGUCAAGGAGGUCGUCGCCGCCGCAGCCUCCUCCGACGGCACGGCUGGGGCAGAGCCCGGCGCCGCCGGGAUCGCCAGGAAGAAGGGCAUCCACCCAUCACACAUCUCAGCUGAUGGGACAUAUGCUCUCAAGAAAGUUCUUGUUCAGAGCGAUCAGCACUUAGAGCUUGUUCGGCAAGAGAUCCGAGUGUCCUCUCAAUUCAGCCAUCCAAAUUUACUUCCUCUUCUUGAACAUGCCAUCGUUGCUGUCAAGGGUGUUCAGGAUGGAUCCCAGAACCAUGAGGCCUACUUGUUAUUCCCAGUUCAUUUAGAUGGAACAUUACAGGAUGUAACUAAAACCAUGCUUGAAAAAAAGGAAUUCUUCCCAACAAUUACUGUUCUCCAGAUAUUUCGCCAGCUUUGUUCUGGAUUAAAGCACAUGCACAGUUUUGAUCCACCAUAUGCGCACAAUGGGGUUAAACCAGACAAUGUACUCAUAACGCAGAGGAAGGAGCAGUCUCAUCUUGCAAUUUUGAUGGAUUUUGAGAGUGCUGGUCCAGCAAGAAAGACUAUUAGAUCACAAGCCGAAGCUUUACAGUUACAGGAAUGGGCUUCAGAGCACUGUUCUGCUCAUUACCGCCCCCCCGAACUAUGGGAGUGUCCAAGUUAUGCUGACAUUGAUGAGAGGACAGAUAUAUGGUCUGUAGGAUGCACUUUGUAUUCUAUGAUGUAA